GCUGAAAAUCCCGCCGCAAUCAGCCUUUAGUAGAGGGGGCACGGAAUCAAAAUCCUGCAAUCCUAUUGGUCCAUUUCAUCAUUUCAGCAGCAGCUAACCCUUUUGCGGGACUCCGGGAGAAUUCGGAAUACAGCGCCCUCCCUCGGGUAAAAGCAGCCCCUCUUGCGUUUCUCAUUUUGCCCGGUCCGCGCUCCGAACACAUUACCAGCCAAUCAGCCAAUCAUGGAACAGUGGGGACUCAUCGACGAGUGGGGGGGAAAGAGGCGCAGGACAAUUCAUCCUCAACAGCAUACAUAUCUCUCUCUCACUCAACAACACAACUCCUGCCCACAGCAAAAGGCAGUCUACAAACUAAAAAAACACCUGCUGAACAUCAUCCGGACCUUCCGGGUGUACGGCUAUGUAACUGCUAUCAACGUCUCCAGAAACAGAUUGUUUCAUGUCCUAUCCCUGAGAGACCUAGAACGCAACUGUCACAUCGCCAACAUCAGUCCUCGCGAUGAGCUUACUGAACCAAUGAGGAGGCCCGUGAGGUCUCUCAGGUCCAUGGGGACCGUGAGGACCAUGUGGACCGUGAGGGCCAUGUGGCCCGUGAGGCGGAGGGUGAGGGUGCUCGGGUCCACGGUGAGGAGGUCGAGGGCCAUCUGGACCCUUGGGUUCUUUGGGCUCCUUUGGCUCCUUAGGCUCCUUAGGCUCCUUAGGCUCCUUAGGCUCCUUGGGCUCCUUGGGCUCCUUUGGCUCAUCAUCGGCGUACAUUGACCGGUACCUGGCACGCAGGGUCAGUCUGAAAGCUGCCUCUGAUGCCUACCGCCCUUCACUCACAUCUCCUCUAAGUGGGCUUGGCGAGGAUAUUUGACCGUCUCGUUACCCUCG